GUCGUGUACGAGCCGUCGUUGUGUCAACAUCUCGUGUAGGCUGCUCUGUCAGUGAACCGCUGUCGUAAUCUGUUAUCAGUCGUUGCGCGUCCGUGUGAUCUCGUAGGAUUUCUCUUAUAGUGAAUCAUCCACAGGUCCAGAACAAUGGAGUAAAUAUACUUCGAAUCACUGUUAAGACACGAACGGAUACAAAUGAAACAUGGAUAUCAGGAGGUGAAGGGCAGAUCGCCCCUGGAAGUCAAGGGACAGACCGCCUUGGACAUGCUGAGUACGGCGGACACAGUAGCCACAGGAGGUGGUGGUGUAGAGAGGGUGGGCGGAGCCUCUACCGGGGACGUCAAGGAGUGUGCUGGGUGCGGCAAGAGGAUCACUGAGAGGUUCCUGCUGAAGGCUCUGGACCUGUUCUGGCACGAGGACUGUCUCAAGUGUGGAUGUUGUGACUGCAGACUGGGAGAAGUCGGAUCGACUCUGUACACCAAAGCGAACCUUAUACUCUGUAAAAGAGAUUACCUGAGGUUAUUUGGAACGACGGGGUACUGCGCCGCUUGCAACAAGGUCAUUCCUGCGUUCGAGAUGGUGAUGCGGGCCAAGAGCAAUGUUUACCACCUCGAGUGCUUCGCCUGUCAACAGUGCAAUCACAGGUUCUGUGUGGGAGACAGGUUCUAUCUAUGUGACAACAAGAUACUGUGCGAGUACGACUACGAGGAGAGACUGGUGUUCGCCAACAUGGCAUACAACCCCUCCAGUCUGGCGCAUAUUAGAAGGCAAGUCGGUAACCUACAGCCAGGGAGAGACCAUAUAGCCAGCGCUGUGCCGCGGGAAGACGGGUCCAGCGGCUACGGCAGUCCAGACUCUGAUACCCUCGAAACUCAGUGAAAACUCGUGCGUCUCUUGACGGGACUGCACUCCGUCGAGGGACACGACACGAGUUUAAACAAACAACGAACUCAUAAGUUACACUAGUAGUUACACCUGACUUUUCAGUUUUUGUUAUUUACCCAUUAGAAUGUACGAUAUUAUGUUUGACAUACUUUUUGGUGUUACGUUUUGAUUGUUAUAAACAUCGUAAAAUAAAUACAAAGUAUAGUAUUUUUUCCAAAUUCAUUGAAUGUUUCGAUGGAAAAAUAUGACUUUAAUAAUUUAUGUUGGACGUACACAAAUCAUGAAUUGAAUCUGUUUACAAUAUUAUGCUAACGAUUCUAGAUGGUAAAAAAUAAUGAAUAAUGUAUAUUUAUAAUGUCAUAAACCAAUAGUGAGCCAUUUAUUUGAUUAAACUGCAUAAGCUGUUUUGCUUUUAUUUAAAGUUAAUAGUUUCUUGCUACAUAAUAUUGGACGACAUAACGCAAGAAAACGUUGUGACCUCUGCAAUUUGAUUUUACUUGAAAACCUUAAUUUGUUACCAAAACCAACACAACUAUGGAAUUAUCUGAAUGACAUCUUAUUUAUUAGCAUAUUUAGUAAAACAGUCAAAAAGUGGCUUUUUAAAACAAAUUUUGAAAAUAUGUCUGUAAUAUAUACUAUUAUAUUAUAGUAUUCUGUUAGAAUUUUUACCUUUUUCAAAUCAAGAACUAUGGAAGGACUACAAAUGCAGAUUUUAUCAUAUCAAAAGCUAGUCAUCAAUUAAUUACAAAUGGAUAUAGAUAAUUUAAAAAAUACUAACUUAUAUUUUAUCAACCGAUUUUGCUCUAAGCCCCUAUAUUACUUUCAUUUGUUCAUUGACUGUAAUAAAUCACGAACGUUAUUGUAACGCCAAAUGUAUUUGACUUCUUCAGCUUUGUAAAUAUGCUUAGCCUGUAAGUUAAUUGUAAAUUGUGUAAUAUGUAAAUUGUCAUUUUUGUAUAAAAUGUUAAUGUAGUUUUAUGUAAAUACAAAACAAUAGAAAUAUCUUCCAUAGCAAUGUAGACAAAUGUAAAUUUUACUAUUUUAGAUAAUGUAAAUUGUUAAAUAAAAGUUACCACUUUUUAGAUUCUUUUGUAUGUACUAAAUGUGUUGAAAAUUAAAAAGAGUAAUUGUAAUUUUACACUAACUCUUCUUUGCUGUUGUAUACAAUUGUUUUCUUACUUAAACAACAUUAGAUAGUGUUAUUGUAAGAUUUGUGAACACUCCAGAACCAAGAGAAUAACUUAGUAAUAAACAAAAUCAGAGUUUAAAAUGUAUCAUAAUAAAUCUAAAAAUAACUUUAACAGUAUACGUUUUGAUUUAUAUUUAUAUUAAAAACCUGGCAUGCAAAUAAAUGGCGCUUGAAAUCUGAUUGUAGCAAAAGAAAUACGAUUUGGUGAACAAAUAUUUAAAAGGAAAAAGCAUUUUAAGCUUAUUACAACUAUUACUCUACAAAACAAUUUUAUAGUUAUUAUUUUUCUCCCCAACAUAGUCUUCAAAUGCACUGAUUAUAUUAUAUAUAUUUGUUCAUUUCAUUUAAUAUUCUAUUAAUGUGAUAUGCUGUAAAUCAAGCUAUUAUUUUAUCACAAUCGUUUGUUAUGUUUAAAUAUUGAUAAAACAAAACGUUUUAUUUAUUAUUGUUUUCAAGACUACUUUCAAACCAAUGCCUAGUCUUACUUGAUGCCAAAAUGUUAGGUCUAGGAUAGUUUUAAGUCUCGGUUAAAUUUACGAGUUAUAAUUGACCAUUGUUCGACAAAUGUUAAUGUAUACGAAUACAAGUUUCU